AUGGAACUCCAAAUCCUUCUCUUGUUAACUCUUUACGCGUCGCACGUGUCAGCGACGGUCUUCACAGUAGGCGUUGGGAAGGACGAAACCACAGGGCAGAAGGGCGUCGGAUUCGAUCCGUCUGUUAUUGUCCCCUCGAAAAGCGACCAAAUCGUGUUUGAGUUUCGCAGUGGAUCGCAUAGUGUUGUCCAAUCUACAUUCGAGCAACCCUGCACGCCUAAGGAAGGAGGUUUCAAUACCGGCGUGAAAUCGGUGGCAGAUAACCUCGACGUAGACGCGCCUGGACUCCCAACGACCACGCUAGCAGUAACCGACAGUCAACCUCUCUGGUUCUUCGACCAGGCUGGAGGUACAUGUAAUCAAGGUGGCGUUCUUGCGGUCAACCCUACUGUGGGCUCUCAAACCGCUGCCGCGUUCAAGGAGAACGCUAUGAAGGCGACUAUGGCACCAGCGAACUCUGACACCACUGCCAACAUCUCUUCUACUAUCCACGGUGCUACAGUAGCACCCACGAGGGCUUCGUCGACACAAACUACUCCACGUCCAUCAAAGGUGAACGCAGCUGCAGUUAUCGCCGCUAGUCAGGUGGCUCUAUCGAGCCUCGCCGGUAUAAUGUUGGGAAUAGCGAUGGGGGUACUCUGA